AUGUCUUUCAACAACUUUGAUUCCUUCCCCAACCAGGCUGACGCCGCCGCCGCUGGUGCCCCGGCUCCUGCUGACACCACCAUGACCGGCCAGGCUGACCCUGCCACUGCUGGUUUCCAGGGCCCUGCUCCCGAUGGAUCCGCUCCCGUUCCCCAGCAGGGUGCUGAUGGCAAGACCACCCUGUGGAUGGGUGAGCUUGAGCCCUGGAUUGACGAGAACUUCAUCCGUAACCUCUGGUUCCAGAUGGGUGAGCAGGUCAACGUCAAGAUGAUCCGUGACAAGUUCUCUGGGAGCAAUGCUGGCUACUGCUUUGUUGACUUCUCCUCCCCGGCCGCCGCUGCCAAGGCCCUCUCUCUGAACGGCACUCCCAUGCCUAACACCAACCGCGUCUUCAAGCUGAACUGGGCUACCGGCGGUGGCCUUGCUGAUCGCAGCCGCGAUGACCGUGGUCCCGAGUACUCCAUCUUCGUUGGUGACCUUGGUCCCGAGGUUAACGAAUACGUUCUUGUCUCGCUUUUCCAGAGCCGUUUCCCCUCGUGCAAGUCCGCCAAGAUUAUGACCGACCCCAUCAGCGGCAUGUCCCGUGGCUACGGUUUCGUUCGCUUCUCGGAUGAGACCGACCAGCAGCGUGCCCUCACUGAGAUGCAGGGUGUCUACUGCGGCAACCGUCCCAUGCGUAUCUCCACCGCCACCCCCAAGAACAAGGGUCCCGGUGUUGCUGCCAACAUGGGCGGCAUGCCCGGUCCCGCUGGCAUGUACCCCCCGAUGAACGGUCCCCCCAUGGGCUUCUACGGUGCUCCCCAGCCUAUGAACCAGUUCACCGACCCCAACAACACCACUGUGUUUGUCGGUGGUCUGUCUGGCUACGUCACCGAGGACGAGCUGCGUUCCUUCUUCCAGGGAUUCGGCGAGAUCACCUACGUCAAGAUCCCUCCUGGAAAGGGCUGUGGUUUCGUUCAGUUCGUUCAGCGCCACGCUGCCGAGAUGGCCAUCAACCAGAUGCAGGGCUACCCCAUCGGUAACUCCCGCGUUCGUCUGAGCUGGGGUCGCUCUCAGAACAACUCCGGCCCCGCCGGCAGCCCCUACCGCCCCGCUCCCCCUCCUCCCCCCAUGUACCCCUCCAUGGGCAUGCCCCCGGCUGCCCAGCACUACGGCGGGUUUGCCCCAAUGAAGGUUAGCAGUCACCCCGGCAGCCCAGCCCCAGAACACUCUUGA